GCCCGGCCCAGCGCCCAGCCCGGCGGGCGGCGGGCGGCGGGCGAGCCGGCGCAGGAGCGGGCGCAGGGAGAGCGGCAGGGGAGCCGCGCCGCCAGGGAGGGAAGCCGGGGCGAGGCGAGGCGGCGGCGGGAGGAGGAGACAGCGGGGAAAGGUGUCACAUAAAGGAAGGCUCUUCUUCGCUUGGGAGGCAUCAUGGCCGCUAAGUCAGACGGGAGGCUGAAAAUGAAGAAGAGCAGCGACGUGGCGUUCACCCCGCUGCAGAACUCGGACCACUCGGGCUCGGUGCAGGGACUGGCUCCGGGCUUGCCGUCGGGGUCGGGAGCCGAGGACGAGGAGGCGGCAGGCGGCGGCUGCUGCCCGGACGGCGGCGGCGGCUGCUCGCGCUGCCGCUGCUGCUGCCGCUGCUACUGCUGCUGCGCCGGGAGCGGCGGCUCCGGGGGCUCGAGCGGCCCGGGCGGCGGCGGCGGCGGCGGCGGGGCGGGCUCCGCGGCGCUGUGCCUGCGCCUGGGCACGGAGCAGCGGCGCUACUCGCUGUGGGACUGCCUCUGGAUCCUGGUCGCCGUGGCCGUGUACUUCGCGGACGUGGGCACGGACAUUUGGCUCGCCGUGGACUACUACUUGCGCGGCCAGCGCUGGUGGUUCGGGCUCACGCUCUUCUUCGUGGUGCUCGGCUCGCUCUCCGUGCAAGUGUUCAGCUUCCGCUGGUUUGCGCACGACUUCAGCACCGAGGACAGCGCCGCCGCCGCCGCCGCCGCCGCCGCCGCCAGCUGCCCGCAGCCCGGAGCCGACUGUAAGACGGCGGCCGGCAGCGGCUCUGCAGCCGCGGAAGGCGAGGCUCGCCCUUCCACGCCGCAGAGGCAAGCGUCCAACGCCAGCAAGAGCAGCAUCGCCGGCAACAGCAGCGGGGCCACGCGGUCCAGCGGCCAGCGCAGGUCUGCGUCCUGCUCCUUCUGCCUCUGGCUCCUGCAGUCGCUCAUCCACGUCCUGCAGCUCGGGCAGAUCUGGAGGUAUUUCCACACGAUAUACUUAGGGAUUCGAAGUCGACGGGGCGCAGAGAAUGGCCGGUGGAGGUUUUAUUGGAAGAUGGUCUACGAGUACGCAGACGUGAGCAUGCUACACCUGCUCGCCACCUUCCUGGAGAGCGCUCCCCAGCUGGUGCUGCAGCUCUGCAUCAUCGUACAGACCCACAGCCUGCAGGCCCUCCAAGGUUUCACAGCGGCCGCCUCCCUCGUGUCCUUGGCUUGGGCCUUGGCCUCCUACCAGAAGGCCCUCCGGGACUCUCGUGAUGACAAGAAGCCCAUCAGCUACAUGGCCGUGGUCCUCCAGUUCUGCUGGCAAUUCUUCACCAUCGCGGCCAGGGUCAUCACCUUCGCGCUCUUCGCCUCGGUUUUCCAGCUCUACUUUGGGAUCUUCAUCGUCCUUCACUGGUGCGUCAUGACCUUCUGGAUCGUCCACUGUGAGACAGAGUUCUGUAUCACCAAAUGGGAAGAGAUCGUGUUCGACAUGGUGGUGGGGAUCAUCUACAUCUUCAGCUGGUUCAACGUCAAGGAGGGCAGGACACGCUGCCGGCUCUUCAUUUACUAUUUUGUGAUCCUUGUGGAAAACACGGCCUUGAGUGCCCUCUGGUACCUCUACAAGGCUCCCCAGAUCGCGGACGCGUUUGCCAUCCCAGCGCUGUGUGUGGUAUUCAGCAGCUUUUUAACUGGCGUCGUUUUUAUGCUGAUGUAUUAUGCCUUCUUUCACCCCAACGGACCCAGACUCGGGCGGUCCCCAAGUUGUGCUUGUGGGGACCCCGCCGCUGCCUUCACGCCGUCUCCAGAAGUGGCCACGAGCGCCCUGCGGUCCCUCUCCAACACCCGCAGCGUGGCCGGCGACCGCGACCAGAAAUUCGCAGAGCGGGACGGGUGCGUGCCUGUGUUUCAGGUGAGACCCACGGCCCCGUCCACCCCGUCCUCUCGCCCACCACGGAUUGAAGAAUCUGUCAUUAAAAUUGACCUGUUCAGGAAUAGGUACCCAGCGUGGGAGAGACACGUCUUGGACCGAAGCCUCCGAAAGGCCAUUUUAGCCUUUGAAGGUUCCCCGUCGCCUCCGAGGCUGCAGUACAAAGACGAUGCUCUCAUCCAGGAACGGCUGGAGUACGAAACCACCCUGUAAAGCAAGAGGGCUUGGAGGGGCCGCAAGCUCCAGACCCAGGGGUGACAGCCGGGUCGCGGCGAUAAUGAAACUCCGCCCUGGAGUAGGGCAGCGAGCUGUGCCGGUCGCAGUCUGACCAUCAUCAGGAUGCGUGUCUGGCCCUCCAUCAGCUGACAGCCUGCUGCUGGCCUCCUUGGAAAAAGCAGCCCAGAGACCCUACUGCUCCAUCUGAAGGGAACAGGCCAGCUCAGUAGGACCCCUUGUUGCCACCAACCCCUCCUGCCCCGCCUUUCAGCACAUCCACCUGAGGGUACUAUUAUUAUGGGAAAUGUUGCCUCCGAUCAGUAGGGUGUUUGGAUGGAGUUAACUGAUCUUUGCAUAAAAAUAUACUGAGUCAUACACACGUGUACACACACACUAACACACACACACACACACACACACACACCGAUCCUGUCAAAAUAGCUUAGGUGAUUUCUUUUGAUGCAAAGCUGUGAUUCCCACGGGAAUAUAAAAGCAAAGAGAGAGAAAACAUAUUCCUCAAGACUCCAGAAAAAAAAAAAAAAGAAAAAAGUAAA